AUGGCUGCGAGAAACAAAUACGUGAACAAGUUGCAUGGAAAACACAUCGUCAUCUUCGGAGGGACUUCCGGUGUCGGCUUCUGUGUAGCUGAAGCAAGCAUCGAACACGGUGCCAACGUUACGGUCCUCUCCUCCGACCCGAGCAAAGUUGACGCUGCUCAAGUGCGCCUUCUAUCUUCCUAUCCAGAAGCAAAGGACCGAGUCCGUGGCUUAACGAUUGACCUUGGAGCGCCAGAUGUCGAGGAUCAAUUGGUGUCUACGUUUGAGCAAGUCCAGCCAUUUGACCAUAUCAUCUUCACAGCGGGAACUUUUGAGUUUGAUUCUGAAGACUGGAUACAGCCGCGAGCAGACCUGGACCGAAUCCGAAACACUGCCAAUGUCCGCAUUAUCGCACCGUUCCUCAUCGCCAAGCAUGCUCCAAGGUAUAUGGCAAGCAACUCACCCGCUUGCUCCAUCACACUCACUAGUGGAGCAACAGCCGAGAGACCCAUGGGACGGGGAAUGGCAAUGCACACCAUGUACUCAACAGGCCUGUAUGGGCUCACAAAGAACCUCUGCUUAGAUAUUGCGCCGGUCAGGGUUAACCUCGUCAGUCCUGGUCCCAUAGAUACUGAGCUGUGGGACACCAUUCCGGAGAAAGAGGCGAUGUUCGCCCAUCUAAAGGAAAAGCUUCCCAUCAAAGAGAUUCCCACUCCCGAGAAUGUGGCGGAAGCUUAUAUAUACUGUAUGAAGGAUCGUGGAUUGACGGGGGCUAUCAUAUCAACCCAUGGUGGUGGAAUAUUCGUUUGA